CAAACACAUUUUCAGUCUUCCGUACACUUACCAGAAUCUCUUCUGCUUCUCCUGAUUCCUCAGUUUCCCCUUUCUCUAACCUUGAGAUCUUUAACCGAUUUCGUAAUCUUGCAAUACAAUGGCCGCCGCAGGACACAACAAUCUCAACGCAAAACUUGUUCUCCUCGGCGACAUGGGUGCUGGAAAAUCGAGCCUUGUCUUGCGUUUUGUUAAGGGCCAAUUUCUCGAAUUCCAGGAAUCGACGAUAGGGGCGGCGUUCUUUUCUCAGACGGUGGCAGUAAAUGAUUCGACGGUGAAGUUCGAGAUAUGGGACACGGCAGGUCAGGAGAGGUAUCAUAGCUUGGCUCCCAUGUAUUACAGAGGUGCAGCCGCGGGCAUCAUCGUUUAUGACAUUACCAGCACCGAAUCAUUUGCAAGGGCUAAGAAGUGGGUGCAGGAACUCCAGAAGCAAGGUGUUCAUCUUUUCCUUCGAAAUAAUAUGAUUAUAAAGGAAGGAGACAUGUUUCUGCAUUUUAUUUUUAUGUCAUCCUUCUACUUAAUUCAUUUUCUUCCUACAUGUUACCCUUUUUCCCAUUAGUUUUAAUUUGAUAAUAUUUUCCACCUCGGUUUAGCUCAGCUGGUUAGGAGGUGGGGAAAGGUGAAGGGGGAUUUAAUCUUUGAAGCAUGACUGUGCCUUCCCCAUAAAGGAGGGGUAACAAACACUACUGGUCUGUUGUAUGUUAAACUCAUUACAGAAUGCCAAUGGUAUGGAUUCCCUCAUUGUGAAUUUGAGAUGUAUGUUGACCCAAAGCUAUGUCUUUCUAAGACAUCUCAUGAAUUUGGCACCAUCUAGGAAAUAGCCUAUAAAGAUAGAGGGAGCUGUUGAAACAAAUGGAUUUUGGUAGCUUAUAGGUUACUUGUUUUUCUUAAUUUUGUUUUUAUAUAGAUGGAUACUGUUUGGUCUCUAUGAGCGUGUGAAAACCAUGAGUCCAUUUUGGAACUGUUGUAGGCAAUCCUAGCAUGGUUAUGGCCCUUGCUGGGAACAAAGCAGAUUUGGAUGAUAGAAGAAAAGUAACAACUGAAGAGGCACGUCUGUAUGCUGAGGAAAAUGGCCUUUUCUUCAUGGAAACAUCUGCUAAAACUGCUACAAAUGUCAAUGACAUGUUUUAUGAAAUAGCAAAAAGAUUGCCCAGAGCUCAGCCUGCCCAGAAUCCAGCAGGAAUGGUUAUAGUGGAUAGACCUGAAGGAACUCAAACAGCAUCGUGUUGUUCGUAAUUAUUUCGGUCUUUGUUGCCUUUUGGUUUCCAUUUUUUUCUUGUUUGGUCCUUCCACGCACGUAGAUUCUGGUUUGUGAUCUUGCGAAGAAUUUUUACAUGAAGAUGUUCAGUUAUGCUAUAUGCUGCCUUGAUGAUGAUCAGCAGUGGGAAUUUUCCCUAGCUAAGAUGAACCUAAUGGUGCAAUUACAUGACUGGAAAAUGGUAAUUAGGGAUCCCAUGCUAUUCAUAUUUCCACUGGUAUGCAAAUAUGCUAUUUUUUAAAAAAUAUGGAUCAGGUCA